AUGGGAAUUACAUCAUCUUCACCUUUCGAGGUUACACCAGCCCUUGAAACUCUUAAACAAACACCAAAAGGCCAACCAUGUGCACUUCUUGUUAUUGGUGUAUGCGAAUCCUGGUCUGAGCAAAGAUUCGCAAAAUUUUUAUCAAGAUAUAACAUUUCUUUCACAAAUGUUCAAAAAAUCCGAGGCGAGAAUUAUGCAAUCUUAUAUUUUGCAAAUAACCAAGAAAGAAUUACUGCUUAUUCUUUUCUUCAUGAUUGCAAAGUUUCUGAUAAUACAUUUGUCGUUAAACCAUAUGUAGAAUACGAUCCUCCGCCAAUGCCAUAUGCAACUCAAUCCGAAAUUGUCAAAGCUUCAACUCUCAAAACGCAAACUGUUUAUGAAAGGAAAUAUCUCUUCAUGAAUGUCCCAGCUGAAGAGAGAUUAAAGCGUAAGAAGACUGAAACCGAAAGUUUCCUCCGAGAAGUUUACUCAGAACCCCUUGAAAUUGUCGAAUCUCCUCUUGAAUAUACAUGUCACUCAAGAGUUGAUUUGAUUGCAGGUUACGAUAUUAAUGGAGAGAUAUGUGUCGGAUUUAACAGCUCUUCAAGAGUCAAUGCAAUGAUUAUUCAAAUUGAUGAUUCAUUUAAAGUUCCAAAACAAGUUAUUGAAAUUGCGAGCGUAUUCAAGAGUUAUAUUUCCAAAUCUAUAUUCCCUCCAUAUGAUUACGACCUUAGAACAGGAAAAUGGAUGAAAUUAUCCAUCAGAAUUACAUCAACCAACAAAGUUUUGAUUACGGUUGCCACAAAAGGUGGUUUACCUCUCGACGAAGUCGAUAAAUUAAAGUCUGUCCUCAGUCCACAUGCAAAUUCAAUUUAUUGGCUCAAAUGCGACGAAAAUCAAGCAUCAUUCAACAACCCACAUCAUACAAUAUCAGGUGCACAGUUUGUUGUCGAGAAAAUACGUGACCUUGCCUUUCCAAUUUAUCCAUUUACUGUUUUUCCACAGAAUUUCUACAUUUUUGACAAAGUCAUUGACACAAUCAAAGAAAUGGCAUCUCUCGAUGAGAAUACAGUCCUUGUUGACUUCUGCUGUGGUACUGGCGUCAAUUGUCUUUCACUAUCUAAGUCCGUAAAACGCUGUAUCGGCAUUGAUUCGUCAGAAAGCAACAUCGCAACUUCCCAAAGAAACGCUGAAGAGAACCAGAUCAAAAACGCUUAUUUCGUAAUCGGCGGACAGUCCAGUUUAGGUGAUAUCGCUAAUAACGUGACAGGAACCGAAAGAUUGGUCGGAUUCCUCGAUACUUCUCAAAUUGGUCCACACACGGAAAUAUUAAAAAACGCAAGUUUUUGUACCAAACUUAAAUCGCUUGUUUACGUUACAAAGAGUCCGUCAACACUUAGAUACGACUUGUUUAGGAACUUCCCUGACAUGGAAAUCAAGAAAGUCAAGCUUUUCGACAUUGAUCCGUUAACAAUUGAAUCUCAAUUGGUAGCAUUCCUUACUAGGAAGACGGUUUAA